ACUUGUUCGCCAGGUCAUAUAUUGCCCGCUCGGAUACCCUACCGUCUGUGUUCUUCAGACAUGCGAAUAAACAGAACUGCAAACAGGAUGAAAAUCCUGCCGCCUUCAAUCAAACCUCUCUGAGAUGAACCCAGAAAAUCUUCUCAAUCAUCGUACCCAAAAGUGCAGUCUAGGUUGUCCAAUCCUUGAUCGCGUCCUCUCUGGUGGAAUCCCUUGUAACUCCAUUACAGAAAUCGUUUCAGAAAGUGGUUGUGGAAAAACCCAAUUAUGUCUACAGCUUCUUCUCGCAUCUCAACUACCCGUCUCUAAUGGUGGCCUAAACUCAUCAUCUAUUUACAUCCACUCAGAGUUCCCUUUCCCAUUUCGUCGUCUCCAACAACUCUCUCAUUCUUUUCGUUCUUCUUAUCCCCAUUAUCAAAACCCUUGUGAUAAAAUCUUUGUUCGUGGGGUUCAAUCUGCUGAAGAAUUACUUGGUUUAUUAGAUAGAAUUGAUAGUUUAAUUACAAACCCACCUUCUCAAAACCCACCUGUGAAACUUAUUGUGAUUGAUUCUAUUGCUAAUCUAUUUCGUUCUGAGUUUGAAAAUACUCCCGGAGACUUAAAGAGAAGGUCUGGUUUGUUUUUUAAGAUUUCUGGGGUGUUGUGGUUGAAAGCAAAGAAGUAUGGUUUAGCUGUUGUUGUUACUAACCAAGUUGUUGAUUUUUUUGAUGCUGGGGGGAUGAAUGGUGUGAGAGUUGGGAAUUUAGGGGUUUUCAAUACUUCUGGGAGAAGGGUUUGUCCUGCAUUAGGUUUAGCUUGGUCUAAUUUUGUGAAUUCAAGGUUGUUUUUAUCGAGGAACGACGAACCGGAUGGUUCUGACGGUGGGUUUAGAACAAGGAGAAGAUUGCAGAGUAGCAAUAAUGAAUGGGUUAAUGAGGAGUCAAGUAUCUCGUGGAGCUUUCCGGGAAGCUCUGCAAACCUUAAGUCAAAUGCACCGCAAAGAUAUUCAUCAACUCGACCAUUUCACCUUCCCGAUUGCUCUCAAGGCAGCUUGUAGAACUACUGCUACGUUGAGACAUGGGCAACAGGUCCACAACCUUGUCCUUCGUCUCGGCUUCCAAGUUGAUGUCUAUGUUGCUAAUGCUCUCAUUUCGAUGUAUUGUGGUUGUGCUCACCUUGAAGAUGCUGUGGUGUUGUUUAAUGAAAUGCCCCAAAGAAGCACUGUAACUUGGAAUACCAUUAUGGGGGGAUGUGUGCGAAAUGGACUACCACGCUUAUCUCUAUCUUAUUUCUCAAGCAUGUCUGAAGUUCCUGACUCUGUUACUAUGUCUAUUUUACUUCAAUCCCAUGCGCAUCUUGGCGCCACUGCUCUUCGUAGUGGUCGUUCAGUCCAUGCUCACAUCAUAAGACAACGAGCCGUUGGAGGCCACCAGCAAACUGCACCACAGACGUUGUUAGAGAUGGAAAAUGAUUGCCGUGUUGUAGAAAAUGCCCUAAUCCAUAUGUAUUUGGAAUCCUCAUGUUUGUCUUAUGCCGAGAAAGUCUUUCAAGGAAUUCCAACAGAUAUUUGAGAUCCCAUCAGUUGGACCACCAUGAUAUCUGGUUACGUACGAAAUGAUAUGCACUAUCUAGCAUUAGCAACAUUCCGUUGCAUGCUGAUGCGGCAACAACUAUGUAACAGUGGAGAUGUAUUAAGCUUAGAUUCUUCUACGGUUGCCACGGUAAUGCCUUCUCUCACAUUGCUUCGACAUGGGAAGGAGAUGCAUUGCUUUGCACUCAAGCGUGGAUUCGAUCGGUCUAAUGUGUUCGUUGCCACUUCACUACUUCAUAUGUAUGGUGAACUUGGAUCCAUAGAAUGUGCAGCCAAACAAUUCAAAAGAGUUGAGGAGAAGAAUGUAGCUGUGUGGACUGCUAUGCUAACAGCCUAUGCCAGACAUGGCCGUAAUAAAGAUUGCUUUAGACUUUUUGAUGAGAUGAGACUGCAGGAAGGUGUCACUCCAAACCCUUUAACCUUCAUGGGUGUGCUUAUUGCAUGCACUCAUGCAGGUCUUGUAGAGGAAGCCCUAGAUUGUUUUAAAUGCAUGACACAGGACUAUGGGAUCACGCCUGACAUGCAUCACUAUGCCGCCAUGGUGGAUGUGCUAGGUCGAGCUGGAAAGCUAAAGGAGGCCUUGGAGUUCAUUGUCACCAUGCCUGUAAAGCCUACUGCACCUGUUUGGGGAUCUCUAAUGGCUGCUUCUGCUCUUCAUCAUGAUUUUAAGCUCGGACAUGAGGUGGCCAAGAUCGUGAUGAAAAUGGAACCAGAAAAUCCAGGAAAUUUUGUGUUCCUGCACAACAUGAUGGCUCAAGAUGGAAGAUGGGAUGAUGUUAGUGUGGUAAGAGAGACGAUGAAACUCCAUGGGUUUGAAAAGAUUCCCGGGCACAGUUCAAUCCAUGUCUCCCCAGUAAGCACUUAGCUAAUGUUACAAAUUUGAUCAUGGAAUCAACAAUCUGUCUCACAAAAUCGGCUUUGAACAAGGUAUAAAAUCCAAUUACUUGUCUUAUUCGUUUCUCUUAUUUUGGAGUCAGUAUAUCUAGAAUUUCUGUGAAUAGAUCCAGCUCCACAGCCCCAAAUCUAUCUAGACACAUAGGUUUGCAUAAUUUCCUCUUGAAAGACCAAAACAUACAUCUCAUAAGAUGAAACACACCUAAGGAACGUGACAUCAUUACCCAAUUCAUGUAUAUAAAUGAAAGCAAAUAAAGCCAUUCAUUACAAGCAAAUCGGUCCCUUGCUAUUCCACAGUUUCAUAUGCAGCACAAGGCAUUCUCAUCAUUUCUGUCGCUUCUGUCAAUUAUGUACAAUCUUUUCAGUUUUUUGUAAGGCAAUUCUUGCAUAUUUAUAAGUGUUGUUUUACUGGUUACAAUUUCCUUUAUCAUUAAGUUAUUUGUGGAAUAAAAUUGCAGUCACUUGUAUAUUA